AUGAUCCAGUUACAUCAAAUAUUUAUUUUACAGGAAGAGAAAGAGGAUAACAAUAGACCUGGUAACAACGAGUAUUGGUAUGACUACUUGGUGAGAGACGGAGCGCAAGGAUUGGACCUAGGACAAAGGGAAGCGAGGCAGGGGGGCCUCGUAAGGGGGGGAUAUCACGUCCUCCUUCCUGACCGCAGGACCCAACUUGUCCAAUACUGGUCCGAUUGGUCUGGCUACCAUCCCACCGUCACCUAUUCCUAUACAUAA